AGUACAUUUAGACGGCAUUCAGAUGCAUCCGGGGUGUCGCGUAGUAGAAGUUUCGGUUCUCCAAUUCUGUGUUUGGUUUUGCAUUGAUUGUUUCGUCGUGGCGUCAGAUUUUUAUCGGUCGAUUUCCUAUGGCAACCAAGUGCGUCAUUCAUUUUGAUAAUAAUCGCCAAGGUGUAUUCUAUGGCGGACAGCUACUUUCGGGCACGGUUCAAUUGAUAACUCAGAAGGAGAAAACUGUUCGCGCCAUUCAUAUCACUAUUGAAGGAUAUGCAUCUGUGCAUUGGACAGAAUCACGUUCACGACGGGAAAAUGAUCGAACUGUUCAUUAUACAGUCGAUUAUCGGGCACAUGAUCAGUAUUUAUCAUCUAGAACUUAUGUCCUAGGCCGAGAAGGAGGAGAUUCAAUAGACCUACACCCCGGAACAUAUUCAUACAAUUUUCAAGUGGCCUUACCUCAUCAAUUGCCAAGUUCGCUUGAAGGAGAGUACGGACAUAUUCGUUACCAAGUAGUGGUGACGAUCGAUCGACCUUGGCGCUUUGAUAAUGUGUUCAAAAAGCCUUUCACUGUUUUGUACUCGUUGGAUUUAAAUCGAGAUUUCACGUAUAAGACACCAAUAUUUUUAGAAGAUGAAAAAACAUUUUGCUGCAUGUGCUGUCAAUCAGGCUUGUUAGUAGCAAAACUAAGUGUGCCUUUUUCAGGAUAUGCUCCCGGCCAAAAGGUUCCCUUUGUCUUUAAGGUCGAGAAUGAAUCAACUGUGGAUUGUGAAAAUAUUCGGGUGAAACUCGUCCAAGAGAUAGUUUUUACCAGUGACACUCCAGAACGGGACACUAGGAAACAAACCAGGAAAGUUGCCGAAAAAAAUCUUGGUCCAGUAUUAAAACUUAGCAAUAAGGAAUUUAAAAAUGUCCUUGAGCUACCAUCAAUUCCACCCAGCUCAAUAAAUUCCUGUCGAAUCAUUUCUACUUCGUAUUCAUUUUAUGGCGUUGUGCACACUCCAGGGUGCCAUACAAAUUUGGAAAUGAUAGCACCCUUUACAGUUGGUAGCGUUCCAUUGUAUGAAAGUGCAACCAAUCCUGCAAAUAUUAUAACGCAACAGCCAACAGCACCACAGCUGCCGGAUCAAGGCGACAGUCCUCCGGGGUAUAAUACUAUAGUUCCACCGUCUUAUGAAGAAGCGACAGCUAAGGCUGAUAAACAGUAUGUCCCAGAUGAUGUUGAUCCACACGCCCAAGUUGAACCGUAUGUUCCUAAAUAUCCAGUUUAUUAUAAUUUCGCGACAGCGCCUCCAGAAGAAGGAAACUCCAGUGACAAUAGGGGUUUGGAUACAGUGUCUUACGGAUGGAAAAGUUAACGAGGGCCGACGGAGAAUGAAACGAAUUUAUGCCUAAAAUACUUAAUCCUACCUCUUUAUUAUUUGCUAUUUGUACUCGUAUUGUCUAUUGGUAUAUUUACAUGCUUUUACAUGACCAAAUUACAAAUAUAUUACAUAUAAUGUUUGAAAUAAAA